AUGAUAAUAGGAGGUGCUCUUUCGGGCAUACUGGUUCUAAUCUUCUCAUUGUGGCUACUCAAAGUAGUGCAAAAGAGGAAACUUAAGAAUCUCAAAGAGAAAUUCUUCAAAAGAAAUGGUGGUUUACUCCUACAACAACAAAUCUCAAGUGGUGAACGGAUGGUUGAUCGUCAAAUCAGACUUUUCAAUGCAAUAGAAUUAGAUAAAGCAACUGGACAAUUCAAUGAGGACAGAAUAGUCGGCAGAGGGGGUCAAGGGACAGUCUACAAGGGAAUGCUAGCAGAUGGAAGGAUAGUAGCAGUAAAGAAGUCGAUGUUGGUGGAUGAGAGUCAAGUUGAAACCUUUAUCAAUGAGGUUUUUAUACUAUCCCAAAUCAUCCACAAACAUGUGGUUAAGCUUCUGGGGUGUUGUUUGGAAACCGAAGUUCCAAUGCUUGUUUAUGAGUUUGUUGGUAAUGGAACUCUUUUUGACUUCAUCCACGACGAGAAUUAUGAGUUCCCUACCUUGUGGAAAUUGCGGUUGCAAAUUUCUAUAGAGAUAGCGGGAGCUCUUGCUUAUUUACAUUCGGCAACUUUCGCACCAAUUUAUCAUAGAGACAUUAAAUCUUCAAACAUUCUUUUGGAUGACAAAUUUAGAGCAAAAAUAUCAGACUUUGGAGUUUCAAAGUCAUUAUCAGAUGAUCAAACCCAUCUAAGCACCUUAGUCAAAGGUACCAUGGGUUAUUUAGAUCCAGAGUACUUCCAAUCAAGCCAUCUUACUGAAAAAAGUGAUGUAUAUAGCUUUGGUGUUGUUCUCCUUGAGCUCUUGACCGGGAAAAACCCCAUCUUUAGAACACCUUAUGGGGAGAGAAUGGGUUUGGCAACGUUCAUUUUUUCCAUGGAAGAUGAACAACUCGUGGAAAACGUUGAUGAUCGAGUAUCAGAUGCACCCAAGGUACAACUCAUAGCAGUUGCAAACCUUGCAAAAAGAUGUUUAAAUCUGAAUGGGAUGCUACGGCCAAAUAUGAAAGAUGUUGCAACAGAUUUGGAAGGUAUAAGAUUGGCAAAUUAGUAGUAUGCCGCUGAUCUUAAGUACUUUGCACAAGAGCAUCUUCAAGGUAAUUACUCUUGUACCCAGUAACAUUUCAUUGCUCCAUCACUUAGACACUGGAAUCGAUUAAUCGACUUUUGGGUGCCGGUGGGUCUAAAGACCCUUUCCAAGCAAAAGUCGCUAUUUUGUCUAAAUAAAACUGUCAAUUUCUAGAGAAGAGGAAGUGAGA